AUGUCUCAUUGGCAGAUAUCAAGUGACGAAGCAAUAGACACUGCAAAAAAUCUUGCGCUUAAAGAAGGCCUAUUUGUGGGGAUAUCUUCUGGAGCUGCAGCUGCCGCGGCCAUUAAGAUAGCAAAAAGGCCAGAAAAUGCUGGCAAGCUUAUUGUUGCCGUUUUUCCCAGCUUCGGAGAGAGGUACCUGUCCUCCGCGCUAUUCGAGUCAGUGAGACGCCACGCUGAAAGCAUGACUGUUGAGCCCUGA